AUGGCGAAAUCGUUAUUUCUGCUCUGCUUACAUGUGUUGAUCUUGAUCGACAUGAUUCAGGGCGACGGCAUGAUUGAGGUCUUUAAAUGGAAACAAAUGGAUUAUUACAAUCGCGGGGAUAAGCGCCUUCAUCGAAUGCCUGAUCCAUCAGCACCAGUUGUGUUCCCAGGUCGUUAUGGCCGUGAAAACCAUUUUCGUGGAAAACGUGAUGUGCUGACUUCACGCGACACACCUGCUGGAAUCAUGCCACGGAGUAAUAUGGCCGCCACCGAGAAUACAGGUCCAUAUGUGGCCUACAAUAAUGUACCCAUGGGUGUAACCCACUUUAGAGGUCGCCUAUUCGUCACCAUGCCGCGCAGGCGGGUGGGAAUACCAUCGACCUUGAAUUUCAUUGAUAUGCGAAGCGAUGGCAAACAGCGCAGUCCCAAGCUUCGCGCCUAUCCGGACUUCGAGUUGAACCAGUUUAAUGCAAGCGAGACAAAUCUGGUCUCUGUCUAUCGCACCACAGUGGAUGCUUGCCAAAGAUUGUGGUUCAUUGACACUGGCAUGUUGGAAUAUCCAAACAAUCGUCAGCAAAUCAGACGGCCAAGCAUUUGGAUUGUCGACCUUGCAACUGAUCGUGUGCGUAAGCGGUACGACAUCCCCGAGAGCAUUGUGGAAACGGGACGUGGUCUGGCCAGCUUAACCAUUGAUGUGGGCGACAGGCAUCAAUGCCAAAAGGCUUAUGCUUAUAUACCAGAUUUGGUCAACAGUCGUCUGUAUGUGUACAGCUUGGAGGAGGAUCAUAUGUGGGUCUUUCAACACAACUAUUUCAACUUUGAUCCAUUGGCUGGAGAUUUGCAUAUUGGUGGUCAGACAUUCCGUUGGGAUGAUGGCAUCUUUUCCACCACGCUCGGACCGAAACAGAGCGACGGCAGUCAUGAUGUUUACUUCCAUGCCAUGGCCAGCAACAACGAGUUCGUAGUCUCUAAUCGAGUGCUACAAAAAGAAUCAAAUGCGGCGCGUUCGGAUCAUGGCAACGAUUUCCGUGUGUUGGGCAGUCGAGGUGUAAAUAAACAGUGUACAAUGCACGAUUACGAUCCGCGGACCGGCGUCGUGUUCUAUGCUGAGAUUCAGACAAAUGGCGUUGGGUGCUGGAAGUCCAGCCAGCCCUUCUCGGCUGCUAGUCACGGCAUUGUUGCUUCCGAUCCUCAGAAUAUGAUCUAUCCCAGUGAUCUAACGAUCGAUGAGGAUGGCGUCAUUUGGGUAAUGUCAAACUCAAUGCCCAUUUUCAUUUAUUCGCAGCUGGAUCCGAACGCAUAUAAUUUCCGCAUCUGGAAGCAGGAUGUUUACGAGGCCAAACACAACACGGUCUGCGAGUAG